AGACGCGAUAAUUAAACAGGAAGUAAUGUCUGUAAACAAAAAGAAGAGAAAAACCUGGAUUUAUGUAAAACUGUAUUAGGCGGCCGUGCGUUCUUCCUUUAAACGCCAGAAAUAUAGGUGUGCCUAUUGAUUUUAGCAACCUAUGUAUGCGUCUAUUUAUUUGCUUAUUUAUUUUUACCACUCGACGCUUAAUGUUCACCUCCAAAGAAGGACGAUGAAAGCUCCGGUUCCGUGGUGAAGACUCUUCCAGCACGACCAUGAAAGAUCGGAUAGUUUCGGGUCUCAUUUUCACCGUUUUCAUAACCAGUUGCGCUGCUAAUGAUUUAACAUAUGUCUCAGAAUAUUCCUCUGUGGUGCCUCAGAAGCUUGACUCCUACAGUUGGUAUGGGAACGUACGACUGGCCCUCUUUAAAGUGCCUGAAGAUACGGUACUGGUCCGAUGGUUGUUAACUGUUAGUCAAAGAGGUGACUCCGACUGUGGAAACACUUACAUAACCAUCCAUAUUCGAGCAGGAGCUCCUCCUGUAAUUAAUCCAUUACAAACUGAGUUUCCUAUGCAUACAGCCUUCGAUAUAGCAUACAAUCUAACCUUAACAUUAAAUUCAAAUGGCCAAAACCUGACAUUUUUAAAUUUGACCAAUCCUGUGGCGGGAGAAUGGUUCAUGGCUGCACAUCUUCCCAAACAUGAUGGCAAAAUUGAGCAGAAGGGUUUCUCUUCACAAUGCUUAUACCUUUUUCAGUCUCAGAUGUUUGUGAGAAAAGUAAUUGAUAUACCUAUCUUAGUACCUGGAGUUGCAGUGCAGAAUGGUGUCUCUUCAUCUGAUAGACCUGCGUUGUUUAAGAUUUAUAUUCCAAAUUACGCUGUGGAUUUGUCUGUUCAACUCACAAAUUGCACACAGUGGACUGCAGGGGGAUGUCCAGUUCUGCUGACUGUUGGAUCAGCUACACUUCUCCCAGGUUCCACUAAAACCCUCAACUGUUCUUGGAGUAUCAAUUGCACAGUUGAACUCCAGUUCCUGCCAUGGCAGAACUGGGUACGAGUUACAGUGGAAAGUAUCAAUGCCAACAUGCCUGUUUCCUUCCAAAUUAAAGCUGAUCUCACAGUGGGAUGCAAACCUCAUACUGCAGGAUUGUUUGGUGGCUUUUUUACCAACUUUAAUGGCAAUACUACUAAUCAGUCAGCAAUAAAUGUUAAUACCUCAUUUCCUGUGGAUAACCUCACUUUACUGGAUGACACUACCAAGGUGAAAUUAGAUAACAAGACAACAAACACACUCCUGCCUACACCGUGUUUGCUCAGCCAGUCAAUGUUUCGAGAAGACCUUGAUGUAGUUUCUGCACGUUUUGCUGUCAUCACUAAACCAAACUUUACAAUUUCCUCCAUUACCCCAGCAUUAUUUUCAUUAAAUCUAAACAGAAUUGCAGAUAGUGGUGGGACCCUCACUCUGGACCUAAGAUUAAACAAGACUUCUCUUACAAAUGAAAAUUCCACUAUUGUAGCUUGUUUAAAUGCUAGAUCUCCUAUCAUGACGAACAACGGAACUGAAACAUGUAGCACAGCAUUUUCUCAGGGUUAUUCUACCAAACUGAACAUCACAUCCCCAGAAGCAACACUUUAUAUUCCCUUUCCAGAGUCUGCCUGGUGGUAUCUUUCUAUUCUUUUGGUCUGCCCUGAAAAUAUAAGUGAAUGUGGGGAAGUGUCUGGUACAGCUUUAGCAGCUGCUGAACUGAGAGCUUGCAUUAAUGACUGUGGCACUUAUGGAGAAUGCAGAAUGCUUCGGUCAUAUGGCUACCUCUAUGCUGCAUGUGUUUGCAAAGCAGGAUGGGGAGGAUGGAGUUGUACAGAUGAAACAACUGCACAGUCCUAUGGUCGUCAGUUACUGGCUGCCCUCUUAUUAACACUAAGUAAUCUACUGUUCAUUCCUCUCAUCGUAGUAGCUGUGUAUCGUCACUUCAUUGUGGAGGCAUCAGUAUAUACCUUUACAAUGUUUUUUUCUACGUUCUACCAUGCAUGUGACCAGCCUGGCAUCACAGUAAUGUGCAUCAUGGAGUAUGAUACACUUCAAUAUUGUGAUUUCCUUGGUUCUGUCUCAUCUAUUUGGGUAACCAUUCUCUGUAUGGCAAGAGUGAAGGAUAUACUUAAAUAUAUGCUGUUUAUGUUGGGAUGUUUGAUCAUCGCCAUGUCAAUGCAACUUGAUCGAAGAGGCUUAUGGAAUAUGUUGGGACCGUCCCUGUUUGCUCUUAUAACUAUGGUAGCAGCUUGGACAUAUCGUGGUGUCAAGCGGCGUCACUGCUAUCCAUCUUCAUGGAAGCGCUGGGUCUUUUUUCUCAUCCCUGGUUUAGCAACAGCAAUCAUUGGAUUGUGUGUAUAUGUAUUUGCAGAGACUGACGACAACUAUUACUACACACACAGCUUAUGGCACAUAAUGGUGGCUACCAGUGCAGCUUUUCUUCUCCCACCACGGGACAAACAUAGAAAACCAUGGGGCUUGUCCCAAAGGUUUUUCUGCAGGUAUCAAAUUUGUAACAAUGAACGGGAAGAAUUGUACACUGUUACAUAGAAAAUAAAGAUGCAGUAUUUUUAUUAGGGUUCCCUUUGAGUUUUUGAGAAACACUACAGCUUCCAAAAUGUCUGGUUACUACUAAAGAUAUUCAAAUCAGUAACAUAAACAAAAGUGCAAAUAAAAUACAUUUUUGAUACUGUAUGUAUUAAUUUGUAUUAUGUAGACUCAAAAAGACUGUUAAAAAAAAAAAAAAAGAAAUGAAAAUACAGGAUUUCAUGACAAUAAUAACAUUCCUUGUGAAGCAUGUACAUAUGUAGUGUUAAUGCAAGAAGGAGACAUUUGGGUUAGGAAAGGUCUGUGCUAUUUCCAAAAGAUAGUGUUAGUUUGAAUACUUUUCCUUUUGUGUGCAAAAAGUAGUUGAGAAUUUCUUUAGCAGUUAAUAAUAGUCAUUAACAUUUUAGUAAGGGUUUUUAGAAGAGUGUGGCUAGAACUUGAAAAUUUAAUGGUACAAUUAAGGUAGGGUGCCUUUAUAGAUAUUUAAAUUACAUUGUGCAGGGAAAAGUGAAUGGGAGAUGCCCCUUUGAUGUAAGCACUUGCAAUCGAGAGUUGUACUUUUACACAAAUUAUACCUUGAAAGUUGUACCUUGACAAAUUUAUAAUAGAUUAGAAUGAUUCUAGGGUAGUGUUAGUUUAAAGAUGGGAUCAGAAAAUUAAUACUGCAUCUUUAGUUUACAACAAUUGUUUUCCUUGUAUAUAUGUAUUAUAUUGUUCUCGGAUUGAGUUAUAGCUAUAGUAGUAUUUCUAAUUUUGCAUUAUAAGAAUGUCCUUAAUGAAUAUGGCACUGGAAAAUUGUGACUUCAUCAGUGUCAUGUUGUCAUAUUUUGACGCAAAUAAUUUGUUAUGUAUGAAGACUAUUAAACUUAGACUUUCCCAAAGCUUUAUUGAUAUGCAGCAUACCCGCACUAGACUGAAAAUUUUAAGACUGUACAGGAUUUAUCAAGAAGCCUUAUGUUUGAUGCCAUACAUAUACUAUACAUCUCACAUGCAGAGAGGGAUACUUUCUUUUAAAAAGCACACUUACUUGUUCAUUACUGUUCAGAUGAUCUAAAUGUAAAUUUUGAAUAGUUUGUGUUCCUUUUAGUUUAUUUAAAUGCGAUGGGCUGGUGCCCCAUCCAGGGAUUGUUCUUGCUUUGUUCUGGUUGCUUGUUGGGAUAGGCUCUAUCUGCCCUGCAACCCUGUUCUAGAUAAUGGGGCAUGGAUGGAGUGCAAGGAGACACUAAUAUUGGCUUGUUGAAAGCGAAGUGUUUAUUUUUAGGAUGAAAAAAUAUAAUGUUAUGAAGACCUUCUAAAUAAUUAAAGCUAUUGUUUGAGUGGUAAAAUUUUAAAACGUCCGCUUGAUCAGUUUUUAUGAUUUCUCUUUGCAUUAGAGGUUUUCUUUUUAUUUUGUGUCGCCAUCAAUUCAUAUCACUGUACCAGCUGCUCCUUUCCAAAAUAGUACAGUAUACAGAACUAAUGCCCUUACUGCUUUUUAAUACUGUACUUGCUAAAUAGCAUGUGAGAAUGUAGCCAGAUACGUACUCUGUUUAAAUGAGAGAUUGAAAUUAAAGUCAGAAAUACCUAACUACCCCACAUAAGUGACACAACACAUUGGGAUGUUGUUUGAGGAGAAUCUCUGAACAUGAUGCAGUCAUUUCAUAGUGUUGAAGUACACAGCUGAAGGUUUCACAAACCACAUUAAUUUAUGAAGUUAAUUAGCAUUUGUAUUCAAAAAUUAAAGAAGUCUACCAAAAUGAGUCCUAAAUAUGUCACCUUUUAAAUAUCUUAUCAGAGCACAAAAGUUCAGAAGCAGGAGGAUUUCACCAGUCAACUACUGAUCUACCAAUCAAAUGAAAUGAAUGAUUGGAACAAAACUGAUUGGAACAAAACUAGAACAAUUUCUGAAAAGGAGCUUUUUAGAGUUGAGUUUGUUUUUGUCUGAUCAGUUUGGAUUGGAAAUUAGUUUUUAAUGUUGGUAAAUGUACAUCUUGUGGUGUUUUAAUUAGGUUUAUUGCAGAUACAAUGUUAAUAUUUUUUUAUCAUUAUUCAGAAUGGUGUCUGUUGUUUCUUCCCAUGGCUUGUUGUAUACUGCUUGUAGCCAGAAAGUUACCCUAAACAAAUGCUAGUUGUGUGCAUUUGCUUGUGAAUUAUUGACACACAAAACUUAAUAAUUUAUUCCUAUAUGUGACUGUAUGAAUGGGUUGUUAUUUCAAGUACAGGUUCAGGUAAUACUCAGAUCAUCACAUGCAAGUAAGAAUGUCACAUACUCUGUACGACCGUAUAAACCUAACUUAAUAUAUACACUGAUGUGUCUCACUUUAAGUUGUUACAUAUAUUUAUUACAUAAAAAUGGAAAUGAAAAGAUAUUAUAGCAUAGCCACUUUAAAACAGUGCAAAAUAACUGUGAUGUCACCUUAGUAAGUUGGUCAAAACUAACACAAUGAUUAAGUCAUCACCCACCACUUAUUAUUUAUUUGACAAGUAUCAUUGUUCAUUUAUAUCAAACUUAUUUUCUAUUCAGAAGCAUUUCAAGCCUAAUUAUUAUUUUAGAUCUGUUUGCAAAUUCAGUUGCAGUUAUGUUAAAUAUUAUAUUUAUGUUAAAACAUUUUAUGUAAAGUAUACAAAUAUAUUUCGAAAUUUAGGAAACUUUAAAAGCUUGCAAUAGUUUUUACAUACACUAGUGUUUCUUUUCCCUGAAAUAUACAUCCCUCCAGAAAAACAUGCUUAGUACGUUUUAGUUUUUUCACUGCCAUUGUAAGCAUGUUCAGUGAUUUACAUGCCAUUUUGAUUUGGUUGGUAACUCCAAACUUUCACAAGCCUCUAUGGAAAGUAUUGCAGCAGUUACUGUUAAUAUGACUGGAAUUUAUUAUUUUUACUCAGGAUUUAUACUCUUGUCUUCCCUUUCAGCAUUAAUAUUAUAGACUGGAUUGAAAGAGGGGAAAAAAGUCAAUGAUAUUGAUAAUUAACUUUUUCAGUGCAAUAAAAGGAGCUGCUUGUUUGCUUGCUUUUGAAGAACUUAGUGUCAUAAGUUACCAUUACUGACAAAUUAAAAAAAGCAAAACAGAAAGUUGAAAUUUUAAGGGAAAAUUUGUUCUCUUUAUAUAUAGGUUAAAGUGUACUGUACAGUAAAUUGUACUGUAUAUGGCUUUGCCAUUCCAUUUCAAAGUUACUUUUGGCACCUGUCUUAAAAUGGUAUUUAUCUUUUGCUUAGAUCAGUUAUGCCUUUACCAACAUCCAGAUGACUAUCGAAAAGCCAGUUCCAUAGUACAGGUAUUUGCAUUUAUAUAUAGAUUUAUCUUGACUAAAUGUAGAUGGAUACAUUCAUCUGAAAACUAGUCUUACCAUUUUUUGUCUCUCGCGGCCAGCUGCUUAACAAACCUGAUUUGAUUCUUCCUACCAUACUGGCUGAGCAGCAGACCUGUAAGUAUGCUUUAGCUUUAACUGAAAAAAAAAUGGAAGCAAGGUCAAAUUGCUUCCAUUAAGCUAGUCUAUCUUGAUGAAUCGCACAUUGAAAACUAGUCAAAUUUGCUGUUUUUUUUUGGUUACCUGAAAUGUCUGGAGUGAUCACUUUCACUCUCGCAGUGCUAUAUAUUUCAUGAUUCAUAGGCAAUACAAAAACAAAAGUGAAAUUCUACUUCAUAUUAAAAUGAUACCAGUUUUGAGUUUUUUGUUUCAAGAAGCAGAUUUGGUUUGCGUGAAGGAUGUUUUAGAAAGACUGAAGUCUCACAUUAAAUUCGAUAGAUAAACUUAACAUGCAUAAUAACAUUUCAUUCAGCAAGUGUUCAUGUGGUUAAAAUAUCAAGCUGUUACAGUAAAAUGAAAGUUAAUACAACAUAAGCUGUCACCCCUGACCAUGAAGAACAUUACCUAUGUAGAACACAGGUUAAGUCUACAGCUAUCUAUUAAGGAAAACAUAAUCAAGAGUGUCAGCAACAGCUUGGUUUUGUUUUAACAUUUAAACACUUGACAUUGCUAAAGAUUAUGUUUGACAUAUUUUGAAGUUUAUGCACUUUAUCAAUAUUGCUGCUUAUGGGGUUAGAUAUGUAAAUUAUUUUUUCUUUAUCAAAAUUAUGCAAUUGUAAGGAAGUUAACAGUUGUUAAAUAUACACAUUUUUUGAUAAGUAUAAACAUUUUAUUACCCAUCUUUAAUAGAUAUCAUACUGUAGGUUAUAAUGACACUUAAAAAACACAAAAUAUUCAUUAAUUUUUUUUUAAUAGUUUUACUUAAGCUUUACUAGCAGUUGAGGCCAAAAUAAGACUGGAAUAGUGUGGACAUUUACCCUAAAUCGUUAUUUUUAAAAUGUAGUUUAUUUUGUAUUAAAAUUUAAUCAGUAUGUAUUUGUGGUAAAUCUUUUAGAAGUGUAUUUCUGCCAUAGGACAGUAUGGUAGAGUAAUACCCAAUCCAUUUAACAGGUAUGAAUGAAUGGGAAUGAAUUUGGGUUCAUUGUAUGUUUAUUUAUUUUUUAUUUCUCUUUUGUAAAUGAGUCCACGAUAUCUGAAUGUCAGAACACUGUUGAAACACCAAAGACCAAUAGGUCAGGAAUUCAGGAUUCUGUUAUACUGGUCUUAAAAAGUGGCCAGUGAACUCCUAUUACCUCUACUGUUGGCUUUAAAUCUAAAUAAGAUUUGUUCCUUUGUCUUAAACCAUACAGUUUAACAUUUCUAUGUGAUGUGUUAUAUUUUGCACCAUAGCUAUUUUGGCUAGCUAAGAUUAUGUUUUUAAACUGCUUUAAUUUUGAAAAGACUGUGUAUAAUCUUUUGUAAAGCAGUAUAAAAGUUUACGAUCUGUGCAAAUCUCCUUGUAUGUAAUUUCACAAUUUUAUAUUUGUAUGGAUUAACAUAUACAUUUUUGCAGUUGCACUACUAUGUUUUUUCCCAAGGCAUGUAUAAAGAUAGACAAUUUUGAAUUUUAACAUUUAAAUUACAAACCUUUUUCUUUGUUUAUCUAUUGACCUGAUUGACAGCAGCUUUUGAAUGUGGUAUAUCAAGAAAAUAUUUGCAAUGGUUUUUUGAGUGGUGCACUUAAAUUAAGCUCUUAUUAAAAAUACCAAAUAUAUUGUUAGAAAGGGUGCCUCUGGUGUACCCUUGAGUCUUUUGUUAUUUUCUUAAUGUACAAAGCCAGAGCCUGCAACAGGCAAGAUAUCUGUCAGAAUUUCAAUGUAGGACUAAAAUUGUGUAAAGGAUCAGCUGUAACAAGGCCUCCAACAAUAUUUGUUCCCCUGCUAAGGAGUCGUUUUACAUUACAAAAACAAAGGUACCAGAAUGAUGCAGAUUAAAUUCGUUCAUAAUGAAAAAUGCAUUUAUGUUACAAUUGUUAAUUUGACAUCAAAUUAUGCUCGGAAUAACUGCAUAGCCUGUCUGUACUCCCAGGAAACUAGACAUUGGCCAGUUGAAGAAAGAGUGCAAAGAAGGUAUCUACUGUGUAACAAAUUUGAUCAAUUUAUUUCUGUGGCAUUAGGAGACUGCUGUAUUCAUAUUUACCUUCAUGGAAAAAAAGAUUUUUGUAUUUCAUGCACAGUCUCUAUCAGAAUACAGUAUAUAAAAUUGAAGUUUGAAAAUUAACAAAGUAAUAUUUUUAUGAAGUAAAAUAAUUUUAGAGCUUAUGUUAUAGAACAUUAUUUAGGUGUUUGAUAACCUUAAAUGUAUAUUAUAUUUUUAAGUUUUUUGUUAUACAUGUAGUUUUUGUGUUUAUCAUUUUUUCAUGUUUCUUUCAGUUACUUUUGUGUAAUGAUUCUAAAAGAAGUGUCAAACAUCUAAAUUAAAUGUUUGUGGUUUGUUGUCUCUAGAGUUUAUUAGUACACUUUAUUUGUAUGUGUCUUGCUAAGAUUGGACGUGCUUUCCAGUGUCCUGCAAGGACUAUAGUUUAUCAUUGUAGAUUUAUUGGUCAUGGUUUAGUUGUCCAUUAUAAGCAGCUAUUAACAGUCUACAUGUUAUACAAUAUAUAAGCCAUUUUAACAAAAACAAUGAAAAAUGUCAGCAACCUAUUUCUUGAGCCUUUUUACACUUAGUGAUAAUUUAUGUACCAUUAACAGUAUAGUUGUUAAAAAAAUAACAGUCUAUAAAAAAUAGAUACUUUUUUAAUAGAUGAUUUGUAAUGGAUACCUAAACUAAAGUGUGACCAAUUUGUUUUUCUUAGGGUGAUUCAAAAAGAUGUACAAACACUUACGUAGCUGGUUGUUUCAACAUUAGUGUCAGUGUGGCAUACGGCAUUACUUGUGCACACUAAAUUAAACUUUUUUUUUCAGUUUUUUAAGAAGUGUAUUAAAAUAAAAUGUGUGUAUAUCUUUUUGUGUCACAUUAUAUUGUCUUGUUGUUUUUUUUUUUGUUUGUUUCUUGUAACAAGAAACAUUUUUGAUUUUUUUUUUUUGUAAUGUUUUCAGUUUCAGUAAACCACCUACUUGCAAGAUGUUAUACUGUAUGCUCAUUCUAAAUACUCUGCACAUGCUACAUAUGGGGAAAACAUCUAAAACUGGUGCUGUAUUCUGUCGAUUUGCUCAUGGAAAACUGUAUUUUCAUAGAUAAAUAAGCAAUAUUAUCAGUUGUGAUUGAUGCUGUUUAAACUAAUUGCAAUAUUGUAUAAUACAGAUUUAUUUGAUAAAAUUUAGUUUAAGGUAAAUUGCCAUUUAAUUAUAUGAUUUGUGAAGAUGAUACAACUGCUAUUAUGCCAGAGUAUUUUUAAUUUAAGGACAGUUUUUGUAAUAUUUUUAUAAUAUGUAUAUGUUUAAGUUGAAUUAAUUUCUGUAUAUUUUGGUGGGGAAAAUUCACUUAAUAAUGGGUAAUAUAUUGUAAAUCAAUAGAAAAAAUAAACAAUUUUCCAGAUUU